AUGCUGCUUGGUAAUCUUAAAAAGGAGUUGUGGACAGCGGAGAAAAGAUUGGAUUCUAUUUGGGUCCAAAAAUCUAGAUUAAAAUGGAGUGCUGAAGGUGAUAGGAACACAAAGUUUUUCCAUAGUGUUGCCUCCAAACACUAUAGAAAUAACCAUAUCUCUUCUAUCCAAGUAGAUGAGAAUGUAUUCACGGAGCCGAAUGAAAUUCGUUCUUAUGUUAGGAAUUUUUUUCAAUCUCUCUACGGUCAGCAAUCAAGGGUGCACUUUGAUCUAUCGAGGCUGAUUUUUUCAAAAAUCUCUUUGGAGCAAGCCGAGAAUCUGUCAUUGCCUUUCAGCAUUAACACGUCGUUUAUGGUUUUGGUUCCUAAAGUGGCAGGGUCUGAGAACAUCAAGGACUAUCGACCUAUUAGCUUAGUUAAUGGUUUCUUUAAAUUACUGUAA